AUGGUCGCCCUAUUCAAGCCACGUAAAGAGCCUACGCCUACCCCUGGACGCCCGGCGCAAUUCCCUCCAGAACCGAAUCCCAUAUUUUACAAUCCGGGCAGGAUAAAUGUCACAAUUCCCCCGAUUAUAAGCGUUCCGAAACCAGAGCCGCCGGAUCCUGAACUCGCCAAAGCUGUAUUAUUUCACACGGUCGCCGUCACCUUCUUCUGGGCGGUAUCUGGGUUCCUGACGCUUUACCUUACCUCACCGCCCCGGGCAACCGAAUACUCAACAGGGACACUCGAUGACCAGGCCAGAAACCUCCGCGCCCUACCGGCCAUGAGCGGCAACGACUCGCGACUCGCUGGCAUCGGCCGUCAGCGGAGGGAUGCAAGCACCCCGGUUGGUAUUGGCGCCUGCCCCGGCUUCCGUCCGUUUGUUUGCUACUCGUUCGACGAGCGCGCCCAAGACUAUCCGCCGUGGCUACAAACGACCGAUACGCAAAAGGAAGCGGACAAGUGCUCGUCAUGUAACGUCGCAGCUGUCACGGAGUGCUAUGAUGAGACGCUGUACUUCCCCUUCAACCUGUGUACACGCGAGAUGUUGGCCUCCGGGCUGUGCGAGGGGAAGAGUCUCGAUCCGAAGGGCUCCCCUCCAUACUACGCUCUUCGUCGGGCACUGUCGGGACCGUACGCCUCGUUGAAGAGCGAGGAAGAGACGAUCGACCUCUGGCAGAGUCUAAAAGUUCCUGAAACCCCUGCCGAGCAGACAUCCGUCGACAAGGAGAAGGCAGAAGCACAACACGCAGAUCGUGUCAAACGUCAGAGCUCCACACUUCCAGCCGUCUCCUACCCGCGCUGCAUCAAGACCGACGGACUGCCGGCCGAUCAGAAGGCCAUCGUAGAAGCCGACGAACUGCUCGAUUGCGACAGGAACCCCUUCUACAAGGAGCUGGGCCACGAAUCGCUGACCGUCACCAAGUUGCCCCUUUGCACCGAGGUCGAUCCGAAUCAGAAAUUCUGCCGAACCUCCGCGGACAGCCAGUCAACAAAACCCACCGCAACAACCCCGGCUGCAGAAGGGUUUCUCGACCGGCUUACUGUUCCGGAACCCUGGGACUUGGUCAGCUUCGUCCUCGCCUGCAUCGGCAACACGUUGAUGGUCAUCGCAAUAGCCCUCGCCUGGUAUAUUCGAUUCGGACGGCCGGAAAAGGACGACGAUGAUGAUGAUGAUGAGGAGAUGGAUUCGCAUUCUCGCAAGCACGACUCGUCCAAGAAGAAAACGGGCGACGACGACGACGCG